AUGUAUCUACCCGCGCGCUUGGCUCUGCUGAGUCUCCUCCUUUCGACGGCGGCCCUCGGGCAGAAGAGUAAAUCCCGCGAGGAUCGGCCGCAGGGCAGGACUCUGGGCCUCCUGACACCCCUCCUGCUAGGCGGUGGUGGUGGUCCGCUCUUCGAUUAUCCCGUGGCUGCACCCAUUAGGCCUUCAGGUGGCUCAUCUUCAGCCGCAGCUGGAGGAGGAGCCCAAUCGGAUCCUUUGGACUCGUAUUAUGGCAGCAGUUAUCCCAGCUAUGGCUACAGACCCAACUAUGGAUAUGGGUAUCCCAAUUAUGGCUAUAACUAUGCUUACCCGGGCUAUGGAUAUGGCUAUAAUCCGUACAGACCCAGUUAUAACUACAAUGGAUACCAGAGACCCCAGCCAUAUCCUGGCAACUACGGAGGAUACCAGAGACCACAGCCUUACUAUGGAUACAGACCAAGCUAUAGUGCCGCUUCUACGUCCAGUUAUCCCUCUUACGGGGGAGGAUACGGCAGCACGGCCAGCAUUUCCAGCUCUCCUGCCUACAAUCCCUCAACCUCUGGUUUGGGAGUGGGCUCGGGAGUGGGAGUGGGAGCAGGAGCUGGUAAUCAACAAUUAUCCCAAGCCCAGGCAGCCCAGUUAGCGGGUCUUCUGGGCCAGGCCCUAGGAAGCAGUCUGCGUCCCCUGCUGGCUAAUGGAGGCGCUGGAGGCGGCACUGGUGCGUCCGGCGUGGGCGGUAAUACCCAAGCACUGAGCGGUUUACUCGGCUUGCUGGGCUAG